CGCGCAGGCGCGCGGGGCCGGGGCGCCAGUCUCGCGGCCGCCGCCAACCUGCGCGCACGUGUGCGCGCUGUGCUCGGCCUCAACAAUCAGCUGAUCGGCGCGCGCCCCGCGGCGCACAUGCCGUGAGGCCGCGUCCGCCGUCAUGACGGGCUACGCCCGCGGCGAGGCCGACUUCGCCGCCGCCGACCGCUUCCGACGGGACGCGCGGCCCGCCUCGCUGGCCCCCAAGGACUACUCGGUGCCUUUACACGUAGACUGCAGUAUCGAAUACGAGCUUCCCGACUGUGCCAAGCCGCCGCAGGGCGUCAAGAUCGAGCCUCUGCUCAUGAUCCACCCUUCGCAUUUCCGGAGGCUCGAAAGCCUGCGGCGUGUGCCGUUCGUGAACAACCUGCCGCGAGGAGAUGCGGCCGCCGCCGCAGCAGUGACGCCGGGCAGCCGCGCGCGCGCUCCCCGGCAGGCGCGGCGCUGCUGCCGCGCGGCCCCCGCGCCGCCCGCGCCGCAGCCGCAGCCCGUGCCGGCCGCGGCGGCGCGCGCGCGGGCGCCGGCCGAGGAGCCGACGCACCCGCUGGCGUGCUACCGCUUCGAGUCGUACGCGGCGGACGGCGCGGCCGGCAAGCUGGCGGCGCGCGCUCGCCUCAAGCCGCACCCGUACCUGCCGCCGGAGGCGCUGGACUGUGAUAUAGCGCGCGCGCUGCCGCCGGCCGCCGCGCACUACGACCGCUUCGACAAGCGCGCCUUGCAGCAGCUGCCGAUCUACAUGUAGCUGAGCGGCGCCGGAGCGGGCCCCGGUCUCUGUGAUGUUUCGUUGUAAUUAGUUAGAGUGAUAAGUGUCGGCGAGCGUGCCGGCGCGGUCCCGGGCCGCGACCGGCACGCUCGUGCGCGUCUGUGUCCGGGCGGCGCGCGCCCUCGCGUCGUCUCGUGCGCGAACGAACCUAAUACCAAAUAGUACCUAUGUACGUUGAUAUUGUUUAAACGUUGAUUUAUGUGUUGUUGUACCGGACGAUUAUGAUGUGUUGUUUCGCCGAGGACCUGAACGUUCCGUGUUAUCGUUUCGCUCGAGGCCCGGUCGCGCGGCCGGCCGCCUCGCCGGGGUCGGCCGCUCGCCGGCGCGUCGGUGCUAGUGCAUACCCACCAACGAAAAUAUUUAUUCGCAAACGCAGUAACCGACGCUUCAAGAUUAAGUUAUUGUACCGUCGCCGAUUCGUUGCGUUUUCUGUAUAAGAUAUCAUAUCGAUAAUAUUAUAUGUUCAAAAUUUGUAUUAUAAUAAAUAUGUACCUAUAGAGUAAAAAAAUGAAAGUGAGAAAAAUAUUAAGAAUAAAACUAGACAUAGUUAUGUUUUCGAAUAGGUGAUGAGUUCUAGAGCAGUCCCGAACGGUAAAUUAGAAUCGUAUCUCUACUCUCAUUUUGUAAGCGGUUAUGUUUGUUAAAAUUAUAUAUAAAGAGUCCUCUGAUGAAUAGUCUGAUUAACGAAUAUUCGGCAUGUAAAAGUCUUUAUAAAACGCUUACUUAGCAUAUCAUAGUAUUAUAUUGUGUCAUAGUCCAAUGCCAAAAAUAUAACUAUCUUUUUACAAAAAUCCCUAAA